AGAAUCUUAAAACGGUCAGUUUUGAAAAGAUUGCACUCUGAAUAAAAGAGUGAGACCCACAUCUGAUCGCAUUGUCAAACCAACUUAGCCCGGUCAAGCUCACUAUCUCCAAAACGCUGUCGUUUUAUACAGAGACCCCCCCAUGAUAACCGUUAUAUUCCACCAUCUUCUUUCUUUUAUUCAAUCACCCCACGCGCCCAUGUCUUCUAACCGUUUAAACUCCAUUUUCCCACCAACUCAUCUCAUGAUUUCACCUUCAAGAACUCUAAUCUUCAGUCUUUAUCAUCAUUAAACCCUCAAGAACUAAACCCAUCUCUUAUCAAUAGCUAUGCCAUCAUCAAGAAAGCUACUCAUUUUCUUGAUUUUCACCGUUCUUUUCGACCACCCUUUUCUUGCUUCAUCCUUCAAUGUCAAUUUUGAUUUCUCCUCGUUAACUCUCCGUAACCUCACUCUUCUCGGCGACUCCUAUCUCCGAAACGGCGCCGUCGGCCUCACACGCGACGUCACCGUCCCUUCUUCAAGCUCCGGUACUCUAAUCUACAACUACCCAAUUCCUUUUCUUGACUCACAAUCCAACACCACCGCUUCUUUUUCAACAAGAUUUACUUUUUCCAUCACUAAUGUCAACCCGAGUUCCUUCGGGGACGGUUUAACCUUUUUUCUGUCUCAAGAUAAUCAAAUUCUUGGUAGUCCCGGCGGGUUCUUGGGUCUUGUUAAUUCUUCCCAGUUAACCAAGAAUAAGUUUGUGGCUAUUGAAUUUGAUACGAGGCUCGACGCUCAUUUUGAUGACCCCAAUGAGAAUCAUGUUGGUUUAGAUAUUGACAGUCUUGACUCUAUCAAGACUGCUGAUUUGGUCUUGCAAGAAAUAGAUUUGAAGAGUGGGAAUUCUAUUACUGCUUGGGUUGAUUACAAGAAUGAGUUUAGGGUUUUGAAGGUUUAUUUGAGUUAUAUUCCUUUGAAGCCGGAUAAGCCUGUUUUGUCUGUUGCUGUUGAUCUUUCUGGGUAUUUUAAAGAGUUUAUGUAUGUGGGAUUCUCUGGCUCUACUGAAGGAAGUACUGAGGUUCAUUUGAUUGAGAAUUGGAGCUUUAGGACUUACGGGUUUCGUUCGUUUAGGCCGAAAAAGCCUCAUAAUGUGUCUGAUAAUUCGGUUUUUAGUACAACACCUUCUAUUCCGAUUGCGAGAUCUGGAGAUAAGCAUAAUAGAGAGCUUGGAUUGGGGUUUGGAAUUGCUGGUCCUGCUUUCUUUUGUGUGUUCUUGGUGGCUUUUGGGUAUAUUUCUAUCAAGAAAUGGCAGAAACUUAAGAAGGUCAAGAGUUUUAAAGCAGAAUUAGUGACGGGGCCGAAGGAAUACAAUUAUAAAGAGCUUAGUUCAGCUACAAAAGGGUUUCAUUCGAGCAGAAUUAUUGGGAAAGGCUCAUUUGGGAAUGUGUAUAAAGCUUUCUUUAUUUCUAGUGGCAACAUUGCUGCAGUGAAGCGAUCCAAGCACUCCCAUGAAGGUAAAGCCGAUUUCCUUGCUGAAUUGUCGAUAAUUGCGUGUUUAAGGCAUAAGAAUUUAGUUCAGUUGCAAGGUUGGUGUGUUGAGAAAGAUGAGUUAUUGCUUGUUUAUGAGUUUAUGCCAAAUGGAAGCCUUGAUAAGAUGCUAUACCAAGAAUCCGAGCAUGGCGUGUUGUUAACGUGGUCUCAUCGAAAAAACAUUGCUAUCGGAUUAGCUACUGCAUUGACCUAUUUGCAUCAUGAAUGUGAGCAGCAGGUGAUUCAUAGAGAUAUAAAGACUAGUAAUGUAAUGCUGGAUGCAAAUUUUAAUGCCAGGCUCGGUGAUUUCGGUUUGGCAAGGUUGAUGGAUCACGAUAAGAGUCCUGUUUCGACGCUUACAGCUGGAACAAUGGGAUACUUAGCUCCUGAGUAUCUUCACUAUGGGAAAGCAACAGAGAGAACUGAUGUUUUUAGUUACGGUGUCGUGAUGCUUGAGCUGGCUUGCGGCUUGAGGCCGAUUGAGAGAGAACCCGAAAGCCAAAAGAUGGUGAAUCUUGUUGAUUGGGUGUGGGGAUUGUAUGGUGAAGGAAAAAUGAUUGAAGCAGCUGAUAAAAGAUUGAAUGGAGAAUUUAAGGAGGAAGAAAUGAGGAAUCUGUUGCUUAUAGGAUUGAGCUGUGCAAAUCCAGAUAGCAUGGAGAGGCCUACUAUGAGAAGAGUUCUGCAAAUUCUAAAUGGUGAAGCUGAGCCUGUGGUUGUACCGAAGAUGAAACCGACUCUCACAUUCUCUUGUGGCUUGACGAUGAGUCUCGACGACAUUGUUUCUGAUCUUGAUUAGUACUUUUCAAGCUAUGAUUCUUUGAUUCUUUCAAAAUUGUAUACACUGUAGGAGUUGAUCAGCUUUAGUUCAAUGCUGCUCUCUUGAACUAUAUUGUAUUCUGCAUAUAGAAUAAAGUUUCUUUAACACUUGUAAUUUGCA